GCCAUGGUGCGGGUUCCCCUCCGUCCCUGAGGAGAGGCGAAGAGGAGGACGGCGGCGCGGUUGCUAAGCCUGAGCAACCAGAAGCAGCCAUGGCCCAAGCUCCCACUGACCCAAGUAAUGUGGAAACCACUGACCCAGAGGAGAGUUCUCCAAACAUGAUAGCCUACAGGAAGAUUGAAGACAUCGUUACGAGAAUGCAGGAUGACAAAACUGGUGGAGUUCCCAUCCGGACUGUCAAGAGCUUUCUGUCCAAAAUCCCCAGCGUUGUCACUGGUGCUGAUAUUGUGCAGUGGCUUAUGAAGAAUCUCAACAUUGAAGAUCCAGGGGAAGCAAUACACUUGGGAAGUCUCAUUGCUGCACAAGGUUAUGUCUUUCCAAUCUCAGACCAUGUCCUUAGCUUGAAAGAUGAUGGGACAUUCUAUCGUUUUCAGGCACCGUACUUCUGGCCUUCAAACUGCUGGGAACCAGAAAACACAGAUUAUGCCAUCUAUCUCUGCAAACGGACCAUGCAGAACAAGGCGAGGCUGGAGCUGGCAGAUUAUGAAGCCGAAAACUUAGCAAGACUUCAGAGAGCAUUUGCAAGGAAGUGGGAAUUCAUCUUCAUGCAAGCUGAGGCUCAAGUGAAAAUCGACAGAAAAAAGGAUAAAACAGAGAGAAAGAUUUUGGACAGCCAGGAAAGAGCAUUCUGGGAUGUGCACAGGCCUGUGCCGGGCUGUGUGAACACCACAGAAAUGGACAUCAGAAAAUGUCGUCGCAUGAAAAACCCACAGAAGGUGAAAAAGUCAGUGUAUGGGGUUACAGAGGAGUCUCAGCCCCAGAGCCCUGUACAUGUGCCCCCCCAGCCUGUACGCAAGACCACAAAAGAGGAUUUCCGCAAGCAGAUAGCUUUUCUGAACAUGCAGAUAGAGAGACAUUGUUUAAAGAUGUCCAAAGUAGCAGAAAGUUUAAUAGCUUACACAGAGCAGUAUAUGGAAUAUGACCCCUUUAUAACUCCUGCUGAGCCUUCCAAUCCCUGGAUAAGUGACGAUGCAGCACUCUGGGACAUUGAAAUGAGCAAAGAACCUAGUCAGCAGCGUGUGAAAAGAUGGGGUUUCUCCAUGGAUGAGGUGCUGAAGGACCCAGUAGGACGAGACCAGUUCCUUCGUUUCCUGGAAUCAGAGUUCAGCUCAGAAAAUCUCAGGUUUUGGUUGGCUGUCCAGGAUCUCAAGAAACAACCUCUCCAGGACGUAACCACCAGAGUGGAGGAAAUCUGGCAAGAGUUUCUAGCUCCUGGGGCCCAAAGUGCUAUCAACCUGGAUUCCCACAGCUAUGAGAAAACAAGCCAAAAUGUCAAAGACCCAGGGAGAUAUACAUAUGAAGAUGCACAGGAGCACAUUUACAAGCUGAUGAAGAGUGACAGCUACGCACGCUUCCUCCGUUCGAGUGCUUACCAGGACUUAUUGCUGGCAAAGAAGAAGACAGAGAAUGAGCAAGGUCGUAGAACUUCUCUAGAAAAGUUCACUCGCAGUGUGGGAAAGUCUCUGGCCAGCAAGCGCCUGACGGGCCUGAUGCAGUCCUCCUGACGGCUUCAUCCAG